UUGGGCAGGGAAAGAAUGGCUGCCCCUUCACAACCCCCAAGAAUCGGCCUUGCUGGCCUCGCUGUUAUGGGCCAAAACCUAGCUCUCAACAUUGCUGAGAAAGGCUUUCCAAUCUCUGUCUACAAUCGCACAACCUCAAAGGUUGAUGAGACAGUUGAGAGAGCUAAAGUGGAAGGAGGCCUCCCUGUAUAUGGCUUCCAUGAUCCGCAAGCUUUUGUUAACUCAAUUCAAAAACCUCGAGUCAUCAUUAUGCUUGUUAAGGCUGGGGCACCUGUAGAUCAAACCAUUAAGACACUUUCUGCAUACAUGGAGGAGGGUGAUUGCAUAAUCGAUGGUGGCAAUGAGUGGUAUGAGAAUACCGAGAGGAGAGAGAAGGCUAUGGCAGAGUUGGGUUUGCUCUACCUUGGGAUGGGAGUUUCUGGUGGUGAAGAGGGUGCUAGACAUGGACCCUCUUUGAUGCCCGGAGGAUCUUUUAAGGCCUUCAAGUACAUUGAAGAUAUUCUCCUUAAGGUGGCAGCUCAAGUUCCAGACAGUGGACCGUGUGUGACAUAUAUCGGCAAAGGGGGAUCCGGUAAUUUCGUCAAGAUGGUUCAUAAUGGUAUUGAGUAUGGUGAUAUGCAGCUCAUCGCGGAGGCAUAUGAUGUGCUGAGAUCUGUCGGGAAGCUAUCAAACGAGGAGCUGAAAGCUGUUUUCUCAGAAUGGAACGAGGGGGAGCUUCAGAGCUUUUUGAUCGAAAUCACUGCUGAUAUAUUUGGAAUUAAGGAUGAUAAGGGUGAGGGAUAUUUGGUCGAUAAGGUUUUGGACAAGACUGGCAUGAAGGGAACAGGUAAAUGGACAGUUCAGCAAGCUGCUGAUUUGUCAGUCGCAGCUCCCACAAUUGCGGCUUCGUUGGAUUCAAGGUUCCUGAGUGGGUUAAAGGAGGAAAGGGUCAAAGCUGCCAGAGUAUUCGAAGCGGGCGGUUUUGGUGAUAUUCUGGCGGACCAAGAAGUUGAUAAGAAGAAAUUGAUUGACGAUGUGAGGCAGGCUCUCUAUGCAUCGAAGAUAUGCAGUUACGCCCAGGGAAUGAAUUUGAUACGUGCCAAGAGCAUCGAGAAGGGAUGGGACCUGACGUUGGGCGAGCUGGCUAGGAUUUGGAAGGGGGGAUGCAUUAUUCGAGCCAUUUUCCUGGACAGGAUUAAGAAGGCCUAUGACAGGAACGCAGAUCUUGCGAAUCUUCUUGUGGAUCCAGAGUUCGCUAAGGAGAUCAUCGAUCGACAAUCUGCUUGGCGCAGAGUGGUUAGCCUCGCUAUCAACUCGGGUAUCAGUGUCCCGGGUAUGUCCUCCAGUCUUGCUUACUUCGACACUUACAGGAGGGCAAGAGUGCCGGCCAAUCUUGUCCAGGCUCAACGUGAUUACUUCGGUGCUCAUACAUAUGAAAGGGUCGACAUGGAGGGAUCUUUCCAUACAGAAUGGUUCAAAAUUGCUAAGCAAUCAAAGAUUUAAGCCUCCUUUCCGCUGGCGCUGAGCAUGUCAGCGCUCUUAUUUGUGCCAAUAACUGCUUCCGAGGAUGCUAUUUUCUGGGCUCGUUUAUUUUUCCAUCGUCUUUUCACAGUAAAUCCUCAAUAAAUAAGACAUCAAGCAUAGGAUGUUUUGUUGCGUUACUGUUUUGGGAUGUGCUUCUUCUAUGAUUGAGACAUUAAUCAUUGGUGCCCAUAAUUUUGGGGUCUUCUACUGCUACUUUAUCCUUUUAAUCC